UCCAUUUAUGUUGCUAUAGAGGAAUACUGAGGCUGGGCAAUUUAUGAAGAAAAGAAGUUUAUUUGGUUCAUGGUUCUGCAGGCUGUACAGGAAGCAUGGUGUCAGCAUCUGUUUCUGGUGAGGGGCUCAGGUUGCCUCCACCCAUGGUGGAAGGUGAUGGUGAUCUGGCAUGUGCAGAGAUCGCAUGAUAAUAAAUCAUCAUUGAUGAAGAUGUCUUCAGCACCUGAGCCUCCAACAUUCAAAAAGGAACUAUCCAAAGAGAAAGACUUUCAAAGCCCGAGGCUCAGAGGGGUGCGCACAACAACCUUAUUUCGUGCUGUGAAUCCAGAGCUCUUCAUUAAACCUAACAAACCUGUAAUGGCUUUCGGAUUGGUAACUCUUUCACUUUGCGUGGCAUAUAUUGGUUAUCUGCAUGCAACACAAGAGAAUAAAAAGGACCUCUAUGAAGCUAUUGAUAGUGAGGGGCACAGUUAUAUGAGGCGGAAAACAUCCAAAUGGGAUUAGUAGUGCUGGUUACUGCAGAUGCAUGUUUAUUAAGCGUUCUGAAAUCUUCAAAUGAAAUACCUUGUGAGUGUACAGUAUCAUAUUUCUUGUUCUAGAACAUGCUAAUGAAGACAGAAGAUAGCAGUUGGAACCAGACAACUGUCGUAAAUUUUGUCCUUUCACAGCCGUUAUCUCAUUCUUUUUCCAUAGAGUGAGCUUCAUAAUAUUUUUCUUUCCUUGCCUCUUAUAAAAGUGCCAUGAGAAUGGAAGUUGUUUUUGUUAAUUAUUAAAUUCUGUAUAAUAAAAGUACCCAUGCUGUUAAAUUUGCAUGAUGUUUUAAAUAUUUUAAGAUGAAUUAUGCUGGUGCAGCUGUCGUGAAAGUUUAGUUCUGUUUUGCUACUUGCAAAGGAAAUGUUCAUGUUCUCCCUGGCGUAGAACCUAUAUUUUUAAAGAAAGAUAAAUAGAAAAUUUAAAGCCUGAAGUCAAUAUUAAAAAUAUGAGAUAUGAGAAACUGAGUUGGCUGUGACAAGUAGUUCUUAUAGUGUCACACAAAUGGUUCAUAUAUUUCAGUUUCCGUUUUAGCUAUUUUUGGGGCAGAAUUUUAUUUUAAUGGAAAAGAUCCUUCCACUCAGCUACUAAAAUAAAGAUUAAAUAAGAAUAUCCCAGAGUAAUUGGAGUUUUCUUUAAAAAAGAAUGUUUUACUGAGGUAUGAUGAUUUUGACUACAACUAAAUGUUAUCUAUUUUAGUUUUUGUAAAUUAAUGUUACAGUAAUGUUGUAAACAUAAGACCAAGUGUUCUUAUAGUUAUUUAAAAACUACAACUACUCAAUAGAUAAGAAAUAGAUAAGGUCUUCUUAUUGUACCAGGUUUACCUUACAUACUUUUUUUUUUCUUUUGAAGUUAUAUGCCAGCAGGCCUUUUUGUUUUUUUUCUUUUCAGAAUGUUUCUUAUUCUCUGAAGCAUCAGCAUUUUGAAGUGUCUUUUAUGGAAGUGGGGACAGAAAAGGGGGUGAAAAUGAGUGUAAACAAAGCCGAGCUCCACAGUCAGCACUCACUGGAGGCGGGCAGCAGAAUGGCCUUGGUUGUCCUGGCACCUGGCCCAGGGGUCUAGGACAGCGGUCAAGGCUAGGCCCCUGUGUCUGGCCAGAUUCUGCCUUAUAGAAUUCAAAUCUUUAUCACAAGGGUUCUGGACCUGUUUCAUUUCUAGAAUAUACCUAAUUCUCCAAAUCAUUGUAAUUGGGCCUUAGUAGUAAAUCUCACCUCUGAAGUUUUGCUUCAGUUGCUAUUAAUAUUACCAAGUAAUAAUAACAGCACAGGCAGAGUUUAUCAUAAUGUUAUUUUUAAUUUAUCAUACUUUAUUGUCGUUUUAUAAGGCACAUGAAUAUGUAAUUAUGUGUGAUUUGUAGAUAUUAAAGAACUUAGCUAAUUGAAUUUACAUGUAACUAAAUAAAAUCUUUACUACUGAGCCCCAAA